CGUCUCCUCCGCGCCCCCCCCCGGCCGAGGUUGAAGCCGACAGGCGCCGGCCGCUUCCUUAUUGGCCGUCGCGGCGAGGCGGCGGCUCGAUUGGUCGGCGAGGCCGGGAGGGGCGUAAGAUGGCGGCGCUGGGCUCUCCGCUGCGGACCUUGCGCGGGCUCCUGCGCGAGCUCCGCCACGCCGGCGGCCGGGCGGGCCGCCCCUACCGCGAUACGCCGGCCUACCAGCACGUCGUCGCGGCCUUCCGCGCCCACCGGGUCACCAGCGAGAAGCUGUGCCGGGCCCAGCAGGAGCUGCACUUCCAGGCUGCCACCUACCUCUGCCUGCUCCGCAGCGUCCGGGAGCACGGGGCCCUUCACCAGGAGUACCACGGCAAGGGGGAGCGCUCGCCCGAGGAGGUCGCCGGCCUGGUGGGCUUCAGGUUGCCUCAGCAGCCGGGAGGGAAGGGCUGAGGUGCCUCUGCUGUGGUACCCAUCUAUUCCUGAAUAAAUAUCUAGAAGUACUGAAA